AUUAUUUAUAGAAAACAAAAGUAUAUUUCUAAAAAAUGAAAGUGGUUUCUCUUUUUUACCGGGAACCCAAAUGUUUUAAAUAAUUCUUUCCAACGCGUAUCAAACCCGACCAGUGAAAGGCUACUAGCAUUUUCUUUACCAUUAACCAACUCAAUAUCGGGUAAAUAAAAAUGAUAUCAGUUAAAUAAAAACAAAUAUUCGCGUGAUAUUUGCAUUUAUUGGUAUAUAAAUCAUUUUAUUUUUACUAUUAGUGAAAUUAUGUAAUAGCAAUAUAUGUAUUAUGUGAUGUAUUUUUGUCACCAUUUUAUUAUAAUUUUUAUAGAUUAUAUAAUGGUAUAAAAAAUAUUUCGUUACAUUACGUUAAAAAAUUACACCCGUCCGAGCGGGUCCUGCUCUAGUAUUUCUUUAAUUCUCAUCUCACAUUCUUUUGGACUCUUGUGUUCAGAAAAAUGCUAUAUAUAUAUUCGUCUAUUUCGCUCUGUUUAAAACUUAUAGAGAAAUCACUAAUUACAUAAUUACUUAAGAUACAUUUAAAAGUAAUUGACCACAUAUCAUCACUUGUGGAGCUUCCAUGGCGAAGGGCCGAAAGCUGACGACAAGCCAGAGCGAGAGGUACCUGGGAUGCAGCUACAGUUACGGUGGUAGUGACGCCGACGAACCAGAGCUCACGGAAGAGGACAUAUGGUCACACGCCGUUGAUCACAGCCAAGAGGAACUCACCGAGAUGCCGGAAUCGCUUGGCGCAUGGAACUCACGUGAUGCGGUGGUGAGCAACGGCCGCGUGUGUGGUGGUCUGUCUCUGGCGUUUCAGGACACGUCUUCUUCGCCGAGGAUCGUGCAUCAGAUAUGCAGCGGAGGAGGAGAGGGAGGUGGCGGUGGAAAAGGAGGAAGAAUCCAGCGGCAGCUGGCGUCAUCUGCGCCGGUGAACGUGCCGGACUGGAGUAAGAUAUACCGAGUCAACUCGGUUGAGUCGAUACACGAGUCGGAAGAAGAGGACGAUGAAGAGUCUGGGAUGAUGCCGCCGCAUGAGUACGUAGCGAAGAGCCAAAAGCGGAGAAGUAGCAAAACUGGAGGCGGUGGCGCGUCGGUGUUUGAAGGAGUUGGGAAGACUCUCAAAGGACGAGAAUUAAGGCGCGUCCGCGACGCGAUUUGGAGCCAAACAGGAUUCUACGGCUAACUAGCUAAUGAGUCAGGGUGUUACAAUUAAUUUUGAAACUUUCUUGAAUCCCAAGGGUGAGAUGUAUAACAUUUGGUUUCCCAUGCAUAAUGUUUUUUUCUUUUAGAUUUGUAAUAUUAAUUAAUUGUGGGAUAAUUUUCAAGAACCUCAUGUGCUAUGUGUAUAUUUUUAUUGUAUUGGUUAAUUUAAUGAUUAUUCAAGAUUCAACAUCCAAAAGUAUGA